UAUCGUACUCGGCUCUCUCUCUCUCUCUCUCUCUCUCUCUCUCUGGGACGCAAUCAAUGGAAGACCCAGCCAAACUACCACCCCAACCCAACAACCACACAACCACCGUCGUCGACGACGACGACGAGUCAUCCGCCACGGUCCUCGAUCUCACCAGCUUCCAGCUCCACGACCUCGAAUCGGUCGACCUCCCCCCGAGUCUCACCGAGUUAGACCUUACCGCCAAUCGACUCUCCGCGUUAGACCCCAGGAUUGAGCACCUCUCCCACCUCAAGAAGCUCUCUCUGCGCCAGAACCUCCUGGACGACGCCGGCGUCCAGCCCAUUUCUCACUGGGACGAAAUCUCGGGCCUCAAGGAGCUAGUGCUCAGGGAUAAUAGGCUCACAAAGAUUCCUGAUCUUAGCAUAUUCAGAAGGCUUUUGGUGUUUGAUGUGUCUUUCAAUGAGAUUUCAUUGUUGAAUGGAUUGUCAACGGUCUCCAACAUGCUGAAGGAACUCUAUGUAUCAAAAAAUGAAGUUUCUAAGAUAGAGGAGAUUGAUCACUUUCAUGAACUACAAAUUCUUGAACUGGGCUCAAAUAGACUUCGGGUAAUGGAAAAUUUACAAAAUUUAACAAUUUUACAAGAGCUAUGGUUGGGUCGGAAUCGUAUCAGAGCCAUUAACCUAUGUGGCCUCAAAUGCAUUAAGAAGAUUAGCUUGCAAAGCAAUCGCUUGACGUCUAUAGCAGGAUUGGAGGAAUGUGUUGCUCUUGAAGAACUUUACUUGAGCCAUAAUGGUAUUGCUAAAAUGGAAGGCCUGUCAGCCUUGGUAAAUCUUCGGGUCCUGGAUGUGUCAUCCAAUAAGCUAACAGCAGUUAACGACAUUGAGAACCUGCCACAACUGGAGGAUCUAUGGCUUAAUGACAACCAAAUAACAUCACUAGAAGGUAUUGCCGAGGCAGUUUCUGGUUCAAGAGACAAGCUCACCACCAUUUACCUUGAGCGUAAUCCAUGUGCAAGUACUCCAAACUAUGUGACCAUUUUGAGACAAGUCUUUCCCAACAUUCAACAAAUUGACUCUGCAGUAUUUUCUUAGAAGUUGCACUUGGUGGAAUUUAAACUUGUAAAGCGAGGAAAGUUCGUGCCGGAAAGUUUUUCCCAAAAUAAUGGCACCACCUCUUGACCUUGUCCUGUACUUAUAUUAUUGCAGGCAAGCAGAUGUUGCCUUGGUUUUAUCUUACAAAUCUGUUUUCAUGUAAGGUUCCCUUCUGUGAAGCUCUAGGUUCUUCACUUUCACCUUUAUUUUUCGGCAAUGAAGACAUAUUUUUACUGUUGGGUGGGUUUUUUGAACAUUUUUGUUUUGUUAGCAGUUAGCUGGGAUGUUCAUGGAACUCUCAAUUGUGAUGAUGUACUUGUUUGUGCACUCAAAGUAUUUAUUAGAACCUUAUGAGUGGCAAAGAUAUAUGCAUCUCUCUCUCU